UUAGAAGCGAUAUCUCACGUGCUCGCUAUACAGACUGUUUUACAGAGCUAAAAAAGUGUAGAAUAUUUAAAACAAAGAUAUUAUUAAAAACAAACGCAUAGAUAUGAUAAUUAAGACGUUUUAAAGCUUUUCAAGCGGCCAGAGAAAUGAAGAGAGGAAGGAGGAACAAACGCCAUCAUCAUCAUCAUCAUCACGGCUCUGACUGGAACAUGAAUCAUCACACAGACACACCUGAAUCAUCUGAUAGAAGUUCAGAAUCAGAUUCAGCUUCAUCAUCCACAUCAAAUGCUGCUGCACCAGAUUUGCCCGGUUUUUACUUUGACCCCGAGAAGAACCGCUACUUCCGCCUGUUGCCCGGCCACAACAACUGCAAUCCGUUAACGAGGGAAAUGCUGGAGAAGAAGGAGCGAGAGAAGCAGAGGAUGAAGCUGUUGGCCGAAGAUGAGCAGGCGAGGAAGAAAGCGCCACGUAGCGGACAGAACUCCACACUGCUGCUACAGAGGAGACGUCUGGGAGAGCUGCCCCCGAGCUCCUACUGCAGGUUGAUCCAUGAGGUGAAAGUCAGCGAGAUGAAGCGCCACAAGCUGGAGGUCCAGAGCACCGACUCCAGCAGCCCAAACACGGACAACUUUCGCCUCAUCGUGGCGGACACAGCGUGUGAGCGCGUCUUCACCGUGAACGACGUGUCGCACGGCGGCUGCAAGUACGGCAUCAUGAACUUCAGCGGCUGCAGGAACGGCUCUCUGUCCGUGGAGAUGUGCGACAACCUGUACUUCACCAACCGCAAGGUGAACUCCGUGUGCUGGGCAUCUGUGACUCAUUCAGACUCCCACGUCCUAUUGUGCCUGGUGGGUAUUUCUCAGACCCCGGGCUGCGUCAGUUUACUGCCUGCGUCUCUCUUCAGUAACUCCAACCCUGGUGAGACUUCUCUACCGUCUCUGCCGUGCCGUUUCUCCACAUCAUACCAACCUGGGAUGCUUUGCAGCUUUAAGAUCUCUACAGCCUGGUCGUGUGCGUGGUGCUUAAACCCACAGGCUGAUAAAACCUUCAGUACUGGUCUUUCCCGGAGCGUCAUCGUAACCAACGCGGUGACGGGUCGACGGCAGACAUACAGCACUGGAAGUGAUGUUUUGGCCCAGCAGUUUGCUCUCAGAGCCCCGGUCCUGUUUAACGGCUGCCGUUCAGGCGAGAUCUUCAGCAUCGACCUGAGGCAGCGAGGCCGCGGGCGGGACCAUAGCUGGAAGUCUUCCCGCUUCCACCAGGAUUCGGCCGUCACGUCUGUACGACUGCUCCAGGACGAGAACUACCUCCUGGCCGCAGACAUGCUGGGAAAGAUCAAGCUGUGGGACGUCCGCACGAGACGAGCAGUGAAGCAGUACAACGGCCACCACAACGAGUACGCCUACCUGCCUCUUCACCUGUGUGAGCAAGAGGGGCUGCUGCUCGCAGUGGGUCAGGACUGCUACACCCGUCUGUGGAGUCUUCAAGACGGUCAUCUUCUCAGGACCAUCCCCUCACCUCACCCUGCAGGAAAGGACUCCAUCCCCAACGUGGUCUUCUCCUCACAGCUAGGAGGACGCACAGGACUGCCCGGCCUCCUGAUGGCCGUCUGUCAUGACCUCUAUUACUACCCUUAUGGUGACUAUCGGAGCAGGACGGAAUCCGAGAUGCAAAGAUAAACCUCUCCUCACACACACACACACACACACACAAUGAAAAAUGUGAGGUUUAUGAGAUAGCUCCUUGCAAUUAACAAUGCAAAAAUAAAACGAUAAACAAAACGUUGUCGCCUUUUGUAAGAGCUGUUUAAGGGCCAAAAUGCACAGAGAAAAAAAACAACUCCGCAGCGCCACCUACUGGACCCGACUGCUGGUGCACCAGACCAGGGUUUUUUAAUCCCUCUGCACAUUUGAGUGCUUUCUCUGUUCGGUCGCUAUAUAAAAGCAUUGGUGUAUUAGAGCAAGUGAGACUCUCGCAUGUUCACAAAAACCUCAGACACUAGUAAAAGUACUCAUGUUUAAUUUACUCAGCAUACAAGGGGAAUAAAACGUGACAGUUAUUGAUCAA